CUUUUGGUCCGCUCGUUCGCUCUGGUUUUCCCCGGAAGUACAUUUUAGCCACGCCGCGUUUUUUCUUUUUCUCUGCUACAACUUGUCACGCCAUGUCUGCUGCUGCCACCACCAUUACACACCGUUACUAUGCCACGGAAAAGUCGCAUUUCAAAGAACUUGAUCUGUACAUUCCACCCAUGGCCAAUGCCAAAAGUCCUUUGCUGGUAUUCAUCCACGGCGGUGCCUGGCGCUCGGAGGACAAGGCGGACCACGCUCCACUUGCCGAAGCUCUUGUCGCGCACGGGUUUCCUGUAGCUGUCAUCAAUUACCGACUCAGCUUACGUGAUGAAAAGAACAAGGAAGCCCCGCCAGCAGUUCAACAUCCAUUGCAUAUCCAAGACUGUAAAGAAGCCAUCGAAUACUUGGUUCAUCAGCAUCACGGGGACAAACGCUAUGAUCCAGCACAACUGUAUCUCAUUGGCCACUCUGCAGGUGCACACAUUGCAAUGAUGCUUACACUGGACCCUGAGUAUUGUUGUUAUGCAACAACCCAAAAAGUAAUAGCAGGCGUGAUUGGCGCUCAGGGCAUCUAUGAUCUGGCAUUGCUUUUACGGAAAUGCCCCAGCUAUGAUUUCGUGCCACAAGCCUUUGGUAACGAUCCGUCGCUCUAUGCUGCUGCUUCUCCUGUCACCAAACAACCCGCUCAUCACAGCGAUGACCUGCCUCCCAUGUUGGUGGUUCACAGUUUAGAAGAUACGCUGGUGGAUGUGGAUCAAGCGCAUGCCAUGGUGGACCAUUUGAAGGCGAUUGGUGCUGCUUCUCAAGUGCAGCUGGAGACAGAAAAUGUCAAGCUAGAUCAUUAUGAGAUGUUGUAUUCAAAGUCGUUUGUCGAUGAGAUCGUUGCCUUUGUCAACAGAAACUCGUCUUUGCAAUAAAAAAAAAUGUUUUGGUGGAUUA